UGGUGGUGGUUUUCCCCCCCACCUUCUCGUCCCUGCCCGCCGCGGAACCACACCCUCAUCACGACCACCAGCGGCCCCGACACCCGCUUCCCGGAAACUUCGUCGACAGUCAUGGCCACCACGCGCGAACGUCGGAUUGCAAAGGAGUUAGCCGACAUUCACAAUGACAAGGACAACUCGGGCGUGUACGCAAACCCGGUCGACCCCUCCGACCUGACACAUCUCAAAGGCACCUUCCCUGGGCCCCCCGAUACACCGUAUGCCGGGGGCACGUAUAAAAUCGACAUCGUGAUCCCCGACAUGUACCCGUUCAAGUCGCCGAUCAUGAAGUUCGACACCAAGAUCUGGCAUCCAAACGUCAGCAGCGUGACGGGAGCCAUCUGCCUUGACACGCUCGGCUCGGGGUGGUCACCGGUCGGUACGAUCAAGAUGGCGCUCAUCUCGCUCCGCAUGCUCCUCGAGUCGCCGAACCCCAAGGACCCCCAAGACGCCGAGGUUGCCAAGAUGAUGAUGGAACGCCCAAACGAGUUUGCAGCCAAAGCGCAUGAUUGGGCCGUCAAGUACGCCGGCGCGCCGCGGAGGGAAACGCUCACACAUAACUACCAAACGGCGGUGCCGCCACCGGUUAAGGAUGACCCGUCAAGAUACAAAGGUUACAACAAGGAUCUGAUCGAUCGGUUUGUCAACAUGGGAUUCGACGUUGACGCCGUGGUGGAGGCGUUUAUCUAUGUCGGUAUCGACCGCAACGGUGGCGAGGAUUACGAGCUGGAAGAGGCUUAUAUGGGCGAUAUCACCGCUCGGCUCCUCGGUGAACAGUAGUGGAGUUGACCAGUUGUUUCGAAGAAUGAAGAGUCGACGACAGGGAGUAUCAGUAUCACGCAUCAUUCCGCCUGCCAGGAAACAUCGUGGCGGCAAGUGGACAACAGGCUUUUGGUAAUUCGGAGACGGAACGGGGCUUGGGAGGACCCAACGAUGCAUGUUCCGAAAUACUUAGCAUUAGGAAUGGAGUUUACGGAUGGCGGCCGGGCAAGCAAUAUCGAAGGAGUUCUUGCUUUUACCCUUCUUUUCUUUCUUACCCCUCCUUCCAAUAGCUAGACUAAAUCGGAAAUGUGAAGCAUGACUUGAUCCCUACGGGAGAACCGGAAUUAGUCGCGGAGAAUGAGUCCUUCCAUGCUUGCACUUGGCCUUUAACCACAACGUUGAUUAGGAAACGCCCUCGGCGGGAUAUGGCGCACUUUGAGGCGGCAUCAUGCUUGAUCCGCGCUAUGACAAACGGGAACUGA